AUGUCUCGCUACGCCAGCGAGAUGCGCGGCGGUGGCUUCGGCCCCGUGUCUCGCUUCGCGCCGCACUUCGCAGGCGACGAGCCUCAUCGUCCAUACGGCGAGGUUGGCCCGGUGCCUCGCGGCGCCAGCGAGCUGCGCAGCGGCGGCUUCAGCCCCAUGCCUCGCUUCGGGCCGCAAUUCGCAGGCGACGAGGCUCAUCGUCGCCUCGAGCCGCGCUACGCAGGCGACGAGCCGCGCCGUCUGUACGGCGAGGUUGGCCCUGCGCCCCGCUACGCCAGCGAGAUGCGCGGUAGCGGCAGCAUCGAGCCGCAUCGUCCCUACAACGAUGAGUUGCGUCGUCCCUACGGCCAUGAUGGCCCUACACCCCGCUACGCCAGCGAGAUGCGCGGCGGCAGCGGCGGCAGCACAGAGUCUCGCUUCGACGCGCGCUACGCCGGCGAGGUGCGCUACGCAGAUGACGAGCGCCGCGCCUACGCGAUCGACCCGCGCCCUGCAGGCGACGAGCGUCGCAGCCUCUACGGCGGCGAUGAGAUGAUGCGUGUUGGCAACCGCGAGCAGCAGGGCGCCUACUUUGGUGAUGCCGCGCGCCGCGGCGGCGCAUACGAGUCCCGUGCGCCCUACCGUGGCGAGAUGCUGCGCGGCGCCUUCGGCUACGGCGGAGGACAGCAUGCGGGCGCAGAGUCCGGCGACCGCUACGGCCACUCCAUGCGAGCUGCGGCUCCUAGCGCCGGCGUCGAGGGCCUCCGCCACUACGGAGGCAGCGCCACGCCCGGCGGCAGCGCCACGCCCGGCGGCAGCGCCACGCCCGGCGGCAGCGCCACGCACGGCGGCAGCGCCACGCACGGCGGCAGCGCCACGCCCGGCGGCAGCGGCUUCCGGCAGAGCUCUUCUUCCAUCCCGGAGCCCCGAGACCCCCGCCCGGUGCUCGCUGGACUGCCUCGCAGAGGGUUCCACCACUUUCAGCGCCUCCACGAGCAGGCACAGGCACGUCGCCAACCUGCGAUCAAUCCGGCGCCGUCCGCCGAUGCGCACGAGGCGCCGGCGUCGUCCAACGCGCCCAGCUCGGCGCUGGUGCCGUUCGCCGCUGCGCACGAGGCGCAAGCGCCUUCUGCCGCGCCCAGCUCGGCGCUGGUGCCGUUCGCCGCUGCGCACGAGGCGCAAGCGACGCCUGCUGCCGCCGUGGAGCCGGCACCGGCGGCGCUCACAUACGAGGCGUUCCAGAAGGGCAUGAUGCCGUGCCGGCUGAUGUUCGAGCACUCCGGCCUCGUCGAGGGCAUCAGUCAUCAGCUCGCUAAGCACGAGGCGUACCGCCGUCACAUGUACGACGACGGCAUGCUGUACGGCUUCCAUGGCCAUGGCAAGGGCCUGGAGGGCUAUGUGAUGGGCGUCUAUUUCAAAGAGUGGCGUGCCAUCGAGGCGGAAGUGAGCCGGCGCCGCGCGGCGCCCGAGAACGCGCCGCGCAAGGUCGUGAGGACCGAGGGUCCCGCACCUAAGCCUCCUGGCCUGGGACCCGAGCCUCCCGGCUCCAGCGCGUCCGGCUCCAAGGCGUCAAGCUCGAAGGCGCCGAGCUCGAAGGCUCCCGGCUCCAAGGCGUCGGGCUCCAAGCCCCCCAGCCGCGAGCAGCCCAGCCGCAAGCAGCCCAGCCGCGAGCAGCCCAGCCGCAAGUAG